GGCCCCUUCACAAAUGCUUUUCCUGAACAACAUAAGAGACUGCUCAUACCGAGGGAAUGCAAAGCUGGAAGGAGAGAUGCAAUCUCCCCUAGCCUCUUUUACUCCCCUUUAAGGAUUGCCUGGUUACGGUCCUGGGAAAGAAAACCCCUGCAUUCCUUCCCUUUAAUUCCAGUGUUUUGUUAGAGUGGCGAGGCAGCUGGCUAAUCCUCCCAGACCUGUAGGAGCCCAAGCUGGAGCGCAGAGGAACGAUUCUUGGCCAGUCUCUGGAAACCCAAGCUUCAACUCUGGAGGCAAUGGGACGAAAAGAAGAAGAUGACUGCACUUCUUGGAAGAAGCAAACGACCAACAUUCGGAAAACUUUCAUCUUCAUGGAAGCACUGGGAUCAGGAGCUUUUUCAGAAGUUUUCCUGGUAAAGCAAAGGGUGUCUGGGAAGCUGUUUGCCCUGAAAUGUAUCAAAAAAUCUCCUGCCUUCCGAGACAGCAGCCUGGAGAAUGAAAUUGCAGUAUUGAAAAAAAUCAAGCAUGAAAAUAUUGUAACCCUAGAAGAUAUCUAUGAGAGCUCCACUCAUUACUACCUGGUCAUGCAACUAGUUUCUGGGGGAGAACUGUUUGACCGGAUUCUGGAACGAGGAGUUUACACCGAGAAGGAUGCCAGCCUGGUGAUUCAGCAGGUCUUAUCAGCAGUGAAAUACCUCCAUGAGAAUGGCAUCGUGCACAGAGACUUAAAGCCUGAAAAUCUGCUCUACCUCACCCCUGAUGAGAACUCCAAGAUCAUGAUCACAGACUUUGGUCUAUCCAAGAUGGAGCAGAGUGGUGUGAUGUCUACAGCCUGUGGGACUCCCGGCUAUGUAGCUCCUGAGGUAUUAGCUCAAAAGCCAUAUAGCAAGGCUGUGGAUUGCUGGUCCAUUGGAGUCAUCACCUACAUUUUGCUAUGUGGGUAUCCCCCUUUCUAUGAGGAAACGGAAUCCAAGUUGUUUGAGAAGAUCAAGGAAGGCUAUUAUGAGUUUGAGUCUCCAUUCUGGGAUGACAUUUCUGAGUCCGCCAAAGAUUUCAUUUGCCACUUGCUAGAGAAGGACCCCAAUGAGAGAUACACUUGUGAAAAGGCCCUAAGUCACCCUUGGAUUGAUGGCAACACUGCCCUUCACCGAGACAUCUACCCAUCUGUCAGCCUUCAGAUCCAGAAAAAUUUCGCCAGGAGUAAAUGGAGGCAAGCCUUCAAUGCUGCUGCUGUGGUGCAUCAUAUGAGAAAACUACACAUGAGCCAGCAUGCCUCAGAGACUCACCGAGAGUCAGAGAGAGUCCAACCCAGCGUCGUGCAGUCAUCGGAGCUCUCCAGGUCCAACACCCCUGUGCUCAGCAUCCCUAAGGUCCCUCCUCUGGAAGAGAAGCUGGCAGCUACCAUACCAACCUGGCUCCCCUGCCAACAUGGUGCCUGUCACCCCACCCUGGACAGCACUGUCUCUGAGAGGAGGUCUGUCAAUUGCCUGAUCAAUGGCUCCCUACAGAUCAGCAGCAGCCUGGUUCCCAUGCACCAAGGAGCCCUGAGCAGAGGGCCCUGUGGCUGCUGCUCCAGCUGUCUGAACAGUGGGGAGAAAGGAAAGGCGUCCUUUGGCUCUGAACCAACACUCCUCAAAAAGACCAACAAAAAACAGCACUUCAAAUCAGAAGUUAUGGUCCCUGUUAAAACUAGUAGCCACUCUCACUGCCGUUCUGGACAGACUGGAGUCUGUCUGAUUAUGUGAUCCAUGGUGCCAGUGUCUUUUAUGUCUCACCUUUUUUUUCUGAAAGAUAUGGGACUCUCCUCUGCACUUCCAGAUCAGAAAACCAUCCUGCAGAGGAAAGAAGGGGGAACAAACCCAAAGGGUCCUCAGGAAAACAGCAGCAGGGCCUGGAAGGAGGCAUUUUCUGGUGACAAAGCAACAGACUGAGUGGUCUCCAGAAGCAAGCUAUAUGGUGGAAAGGUCUCUGGUGAGGCAAUGGGCAGAUGGAGAGGAUCCUCCGGCUUCCAGAUCUCCCUAAUGUGAUUGCCCCCUCUGCCUCCAGCCUCUACCACCUAUCACCCUCUGUUCAGUGUACAUAUAUGCUCUUCUUACAGCUCCAUGCAUUGUGAAAAGCUGAACAGGCUGACUACGCUAUGGCAUCUCUUUUGACAAAGCCAUAAGGACCAUCCACCCCAUGCUUCUCUGAUGCCCCCAUAUGUUCCCUAUACAACCUCCUGGGUCUUCACCCUAACGAGCUUUAUUCUGCUGACCCUUGUUUCAUAACUCUGUGCAAGCAUGAAUGUUCUUAUUGGCUUUUGACAGUUAAUUCUGUGUUUUUCCCAUCUCCCCAGCAAAUUUUUAGAACAGCUCAACUUUCUCCCAGGAUUAUUUCAGAACCAUUUCCUUUCCUCACCCCUACUGAGUAAUGAAAGUGACAUGACACACUCCAAAGCCUGAGAUGAAUUAAUAAUUAACCUCUGUUUGCGGAUUACCUUCCUAAUUCCUGUGCCAUUAAUACUUAAAAUUGAGAGCUAUUUUUUUUCAUUUCAACCAAAUAAAGAUCUAAUCCCUCUC